UGUGGCGUCUCCGCCUGCGUCUCUCUCCUCUUGUUUGCCUCGACUUCUCCGAGGCGAAGUGCGAGCGCCAUGGGCGCCAGCCGCCUCGCCCAGACCAAUGCUCUCUUCAGGAAAAACCUUGUGAUCCAGAGGCGCGCAGGGAAGACGAACUGCUGCGUGAUCCUCUUCCCGCUGCUCCUCUUCUCGGUCAUCGGGGGCCUCCAGAUCGCCAUCAACAUCGAGCUGUCGCGGGGGCUCGCCUCCGGCACCGGGUCCGCCGUCGACUGCCGGUGCAGCAGCGGCGCCACCGUGGACGCGAACGCCACGGGGGGAUUGGACUGCCCGCCACAGUGCCCGUUGCCCCGUGCACCCAAAUGGCCCCCCGUGCUGCAGAUCCCGCGGCCGGACCGCCGCGCCGUCAGGGACGGCGAUCUCUUCCCGUCCGCCGGCGAUCUCCCCGACGCCUCGUGCAGAGCCGCGGGGUCCUGCGCCGCCUCGUUCCUCGUCACCGGCAGCAAUCGCUCGUUUGUGGCAAGUAUGAUGGACAACAUGUUGCCUGUUCACAAUUCUUCGGUGAACUUGUCGUCUGACAUCUCGGCUUUGGCCGAUUAUGUUCUGGUGGAUGAUAAGUAUUCUUUCUUUGGCUUUGGAGUAAGCUCUUUUCUUCAGAACACAUGCAGCCCAAACCAGACACUUUCUUUUGCAUACCAAAGUGGCAAUAGAACUGAAACUGUAGAUGUGCAAUGUACCCAAGGAUUAAUGCUCUGGCGGGACAGUUCGUGGCUCAUCAAUGAUGAACUCUAUAGAGGUUACUACCAAGGAAAUAAUAAGAACAAAACCAAUGAAAUUGCUGCAGCUUAUGACUUCUUAAGCUCUGAUCAUAGUAACUUUAAUGUGUUCAUCUCAUAUAACUCAACAAAAAAGUUUGAUGCCUACGAAGGAGGCAUCACACUCGCUUUUAAUCAAGAAGGAGCAUGGCAAGCACCUAGAUUGGUUCAAGUUCCACGAUUGAUCAAUAUGGCUUCAAAUGCAUACCUUCAUCUUAGGGCCAGUACCCUCAAAAUGUCAUUUGAUUUUGUCAAAGAAAUGCCUAAAGCAGCUCAAAACAUGAGGCCAUUUGAUAUUUCUUCAUUAAUAGGGCAGCUUCCUUAUGUAUGGACUAUGGAACUUCUUUUCCCGGUAAUUUUGACCAACAUUGUAUAUGAGAAGCAAGAGAAGCUAAGGAUUAUGAUGAAGAUGCAUGGUCUUGGUGAUUUAUCAUAUUGGACUAUCUCAUACUGCUAUUUUUUUCUUCUAUCACUGCUUUAUGUGAUGUCCUUCACGUUAUUUGGUUCUGUUCUCGGUUUAAGAUUCUUUCGACUGAACGACUACAGUCUACAGUUUGUGUAUUACUCUGCGUAUAUGAAUUUACAAAUUUCGUUUGCAUUUCUUAUGGCAACAUGCUUUUCCAGUGUGAGGACAGCUACUGUGACAGGAUACUUCUACAUAAUUGGUUCUGGACUUUUAGGAGAACUUUUAUUCAGGUCCUAUGUCGAAGAUGUUUUCCUCUCAAGAAGCUGGAUUACACUUUUGGAGCUCUUUCCUGCAUUUUCAUUGUAUCGCAUUAUCUAUGAGUUUGCACAAUCUGCAUUGCUUGGGGAUUAUAUGAACUCUUCCGGGAUGAAGUGGAUUGACUUGAGUGAUCCCAAAAAUGGAAUGAGAAGUGUUUUGACCAUAAUGAUACUAGAAUGGUUUUUGUUCCUUUUAUUGGCGUUCUAUUUGGAUCACUUCGGUUCCUUCCAAAAUGGAAUAAGAAAAGCGGCACUACUUUUUCAUUCGCACGUUGAUAAGAAUCGUUUUCAAGCGACUCAGCAGACCAUCCAGCUUCAAGAGUUCAAAGCUUCAAUUGACAAUGAGAAGACAGAUGUUAUCCAAGAGAGAGAAACAGUUGAACAUAUCUUACAAGAAUCAAACAAUAGCUGCUCAGUCAUCUGUGACAACCUUAGGAAAGUGUACCGUGGAACAGAUGGGAAUGCAAAAAGAGUUGCUGUCAGAGGACUAUCUCUUUCUAUUCCACGUGGGCAAUGUUUUGGUGUCCUGGGACCAAACGGUGCUGGAAAAACCACUCUCAUCAACAUGCUGACUGGAUUUACUAAGCCUACGUCUGGCACGGCGUACAUUGAAGGAUUGGACAUACAAUUCGAGAUGAACAAAAUUUAUGCAGGAAUCGGUGUUUGUCCACAGCACGACCUGCUCUGGGAAACACUGACUGGUCGCGAGCAUCUGAUGUUCUAUGGAAGGCUUAAGAAUUUGAGGGGUGUAUCAUUAACUCAGGCCAUUGAGAAAUCUUUGAAAAGUGUGCGCCUGUUUGCUGGUGGCGUUGCUGAUAAGCUUGUAGGAAAAUACAGUGGUGGCAUGAAACGUCGCCUCAGCGUUGCGAUCUCUCUAAUUGGCGACCCUAAGGUAGUUUAUAUGGAUGAACCAAGCUCAGGAUUGGACCCAGCAUCAAGGAAAGAUUUAUGGAAUGCUGUCAAGUCUGCCAAGCAGGACAGGGCCAUAAUACUCACAACGCAUUCGAUGGAGGAGGCUGAAGCUCUAUGCGACCGCAUAGGAAUAAUCGCAAACGGCAGCUUGCAAUGCAUCGGCAACUCUAAAGAGCUGAAAGCCAAGUAUGGGGGGUCAUAUGUACUGACAGUAACAACGGUGACCGGCGAGGCGGCGGAGGAGGAGAUGAGGAGGCUUGUCCAGUCCAUCUCCCCUGCCAUGAACAGGGUGUACAGCAUCUCCGGGACGCAGAAGUUCGAGAUGCCGAAGCAGGAGGUGAGGAUCUCUCAAGUGUUUCAGGCCAUGGAGCACGCCAAGAGCAGGAUGGCCGUUCUUGCCUGGGGCCUGGCUGACACGACGUUGGAGGAUGUCUUCAUCAGAGUCGCCAGGGAGAGUGACAGUGCAUCAUCAUCCCCUUUGGCCUAAUCAAGUACUCACUCAUCGGUAAACCAUAGAAAAAAUCACCUCAUGGUUGGAGGAGCAUGAGCUGAUGAGCCCUUGAUAGUUAAGAUGAUGGUGAACUCCAGACGCCAUCUUCAGAGUUCAGACACAGAAGCAGUGGUACAUGGAACGGGAUCCCCUGCGAUAGCAUGGUGGUACUGCAGGGCUACAGUACGCUGAAUUUGAUAUAUUCUGUAACCGUUAGAUCAAAACACUGUUCAUAACAUUUAUUCACUAUUCAUCUCAUAUGAACGGUGCCUCUCUGUCUUACAGUCUUACUACAGAGGAUCCGGAUGCGCGGUACAUCGAGUACUGAUUCAUUCUCUUAAAGACAAACAUAAUAUAAUGUACACUAUCGUGCAGCUUGCUGUGGGUUGCUAGGAAGUAGUAGAAGAACGGAUGAACGUCAGAACCUGUGGCUGUCUGGCUGAAUUAUCAGGAUUUGACAUUAUAUACUUAGAACUAUUGUACUAUA